CUUGAAAACGCCGCUGCUGCUGGCCGUGUGCGUCUCGCUUUUGCUAGAGUGAUCUUUGCACCCAAAAAAUACCAUGGCAGAUUUAACAAAUGACGAAAAAAAACCCAGGCUUGCGGGUUCCAGAUUUGCUGGGGUUCAGCAGGCGGCGCCUAUCCCAGUGUUCGCGCUGACAGCAGCUUACAAGGAGGAUACAAGUGCCACCAAGUACAACUUGGGAGUUGGAGCCUACCGUACGGAUGAGGGCGAGCCCUGGGUCCUGCCCGUGGUGCGGGAGAUUGAAAAGCAGCUGGCGGCAGAUGAAAGCCUGAACCACGAGUACCUGCCCAUCCUUGGCCUAGCAGAGUUCACCAGCGCUGCCACUAAGAUGCUCCUGGGGGAAAACAGCCCUGCCAUCCUGGAGAACAGGGCGUUUGGCAUUCAAUCGUUGAGCGGCACGGGUGCCAUACGACUGGGCUGUGAGUUUCUGAUUGAUCACCUGAACUACAAAGUGCCGUAUGUCUCAGACCCCACUUGGCAAAAUCACGUCAACAUCUUCAACAAGCUGAAGUACGAGAACGUCCGUAAGUAUCGCUACUGGAAUGCCGGAACCAGAUCCUUGGAUAUCGAGGGCAUGCUAGAGGACCUUGAGAAUGCUCCAGAAGACUCGGUGAUCAUGCUGCAUGCCUGCGCUCACAACCCGACCGGCGUGGACCCGACCAAGGAACAGUGGAAGAGGAUCGCUGAGGUGAUCCAGAGGAGGAAGCUGUUUCCGUUCUUUGACUGCGCUUACAUCGGCUUUGCCACUGGGGACAUCGAACGGGACAGCUGGGCCGUCAAUCACUUCGUCAGUUUGGGGAUGGAGAUGAUGGCCUCCAUGUCGUUCUCCAAGAACUUUGGCCUGUACAAUGAGCGAGUGGGAAAUCUUAUUUGCAUCGUGAACAACGUCGACACAAAAUCAGCAAUCUUGUCGCGGCUGACGAGAAUAAUACGGACGACGUACUCCAACCCACCCAGUCACGGGGCACGGAUAGUCAGCACGGCCCUCAACAAUCCAGUGUACUUUGCAAAGUGGAAAGAGCACAUCAAGACAAUGAGCGGGCGCAUCUUUGAGAUGAGGCAGGCCUUGUACCAACGCCUUCAGUCCCUGGGCACCCCCGGAAAGUGGAGCCACAUCGUCGACCAGAUUGGCAUGUUCAGCUACACGGGCCUGGGACCGAAUCAAGUUGAUUUCCUGUUGAAAAAGUAUCACAUCUACGCCAUGAAAUCGGGCCGCAUCAACAUGUGCGCCCUCACCACCAAGAAUGCCGACUACGUCGCCAAGGCAAUCCACGAGGCAGUCACCACGGUCGCCGAAGAUCCCAAGCUGUAAAGGGAAUUAAGUCUCACCAAGAGAAUGUCGGCGGAAACAACAUCAGGAAAGGGCUGUCCGGAGUCAUGCCCUUCAACAUUUAACAGGAGUGAUUACUGUCCAAGAUCGUAGCUCUGACACUGUUAUCGUUUUUGUUGCUGUGGUCUGCUCUUUUUCUCCUGUCGGUUUGCAUGCUUUUCCAAUCCCAAUUUAUAGAAACGACUUGAUGUCCAUUGGUUGAAAGUAACCUUUUUCUUCAUUCGUUCAAUUUAGUGCUUUCUGGGCCCAUUGAUGCGGGGCAAAUAGUACUUAGAACGAAAGUACAUACUCGAAUCAGGUUUAUUAUAAAACACCACCAAAGAAGAAGUCCAAGGACUUUUAUGUAAAAAGUCAGAAAAUCACUAUUCAAAGCAUAAAAUGAAAUUAAUUUAAUAAGCGAAUCAUUGACGGAAUUGGUGAAGUUUCAUAGCUGUAAGUCCUUAUUUUCAACUGUUCCAAUUGGCAUGAAUUCCCGAGUGUAUGUUGUGAAAAAUAUAAGUUACGCUGAGGUGGCAAAAGAUGACAAUGCCUAUCAGAUACAAGUGACGAUUUUGCAAACUUUAAGACCAGUUGUUCUCUACGCUGACAUAAUGAAUCAAUUUAAACAAAAAAUCAAGAAAUCACAGUAUGACAAAGUGGUUGGAUAAGCAGGUAUACUUUAAGCACAUUUCUGCACUCUCUCAAUGCUUUGGCCCAUAGCAUUCGGGAUCCCUGUAGAAAUGUCUGUUUACAUCACUUGCCAAUAGUUAUUCCUGUUAUAGGUGGCUCUUUCCUGAUGUCAUUUUUGUCUUUUCUGCAGCAGAAAAUCGGCAAGGAUUCACUUUAUUAGAAAAAAAAUUAGAAUUACUGUAACUUGACUGUAUUCUGAGAACAAAUAGGAAAAAAUCAAGUUACGUAAUUCAGCCUAAUUUAAACAAAUUUCCACUGAAAAGCCCCCCCCCAAAUAACUAAAAGGACUUUGUUUAUAGUGUGUGUGACAAUAUUACGUCUAGAUACUAAAAUAGGACAGGAUAUUCCUUAAAAUACCUCUAAUUAAAGCUCGUCCAUAACGUUAUGCACCUGCCAUGAGACUGAUCUAUGACUAUAAUCAGGUCGGGGACCAGAACCUAAUCCAGAGACGUCCCUAGUUUCUGCUUAUGUCCCUUGCUCAAGCGGCAAUGACAUCGUUUUUAUCAGGUGACGUGAUAAUGAUGUCAUUUUCCCGUGAGAUUUUGGGAAACUAACGAGAUUUGAUGCCGGCAGCCAACAUGGCCGCUGUUGAGUCUGUGGCACAAUUAUUUCCGAUCGCAAAUGUGGAAAAUCGCCAGGGUAAACAUGAAAUUUGCCACGGUGAAUCGAUGAAGAUUUUUAAUGGCAUUUUCAUGCAUAAAGUAAACUUCGGCAAAGCUUUAUUUUUUUUCGCGUAGAUGUUUUCCUCGGCAGAAUUGAACUCGCCUACCCAUCGAAUUCAACACCUCCAGUGCAAGAUUUGACCGAAAAAUAUCCUCGAUACCUUACCGCAAAAGCACCGAGUUGUUUGUGGUACAACCCGUAAUUUCUCUUAUAAUCUUCAUUAGACGGAAUUUUUAUGAACACGAAUAUGCGGGUCAACGUGCCAUGUGCACGUAUUAAAAUGUACAGUACAUGUACGUGCAUUGAAUGAAUUAGAAAGUCAUCACAGGGCUUGGCGACGCCUGUACCGCGGCAAAAUGCAUACAAGCCUAAGGGCAUCAACUCAUCCUGCCCAGCGGAUCUGGACCCGUCAGUGAAGCCACCGGCGGCCAUCUUACCGUGCCGAAUACAAAGGCAAAUUAUAAAGGCUUGCUUGCCAAGCGAUCCAACCAUCACCUUUUUGUGUCUGACGUGGUGGCUUCAGUCGGUGUACUAUAUACAAAGGCACUGCGCGCUCAGAUUUGCUUAUUGACGUCCUUGACUAUAAGGGUAGUGGGGACCAGCGAAAUUGCUUACAAGAGUCAUCUUUAGAAAUGAGACAACGACUCGGCGAAAUAUCCCAAACAAAAACACGACAUCAGUAUAUUACCAACAUUAAGGUGUUGAUUUCAAUAAAAACGAGUGUUCAGUUGUUAUUGAUGACAUGAUAGUUAAAUUGCCACGAAUGUGGAUAGAUGUCGCAAUUUUGUUCUGUUCUACCCUCUAUUAGCUACUAGAGGUACUUAAGUUGGGCGUUUAUUCACCCGUCUUUCACCCGACGCCAUCCCUCAGUGGUAUUUUCACUGUGAAAUGCAAUAACUAUACGGCGGAAUCAUUAAAGAGUAUACCUAAGCGCGUGAGUGUGUAAGAGGGCGGUAAAUAAUUCUCUGUAAAGUUUAAUCUCCAGUUUAAUCGGCCAAGGCGGCGAGAGGGACACUCAAUAAAUCGAGACAUCUUGCUGUAUUCUCGCUUCGCGGCUGCCAUGUCCGGAAACCCAACGGAAAUACCUCUGGACGAGUUUUCGUAGCAUCACGUGACCUUUCUUCUCGCUUACACCCCCAGAGUGAGUCCUCUUGAAGUUGUGCAUGAUUAACCGUGCCCUCUUGGUCGCGCGGAAAUUGUAACUUUAGGCCCUACCUGUACUGUAGUGACCCUCGCUCUGUUGCUUAGCUUUCACACCUAGUACAUCUGACCAGCUAGUUCUUUCCAAAUCCUAUUUAAAUCGACUUUAUUUAGAAGUUACUUCAGAACGUCAAUUAUGUCUAAUGACGGGUAUUACUGGUUGUGCUGUGAUGUAUUGUAAUUAACUCACUUUUACCGGAAAACGAAUGAUUAAAUUAUUAGCAGUUGAACUUGAAA